GGUGAUGGGGUGAAGGAAAGACCCCCAAUUUCUCCUCAAUUUGCUUCUGUUUUCCCACUCUGUAUCUUCUGCAAGAUCAGAUACCAAGCAUCAUCACACCUUUCCUCAAGAUCAGCUCUACUAUUUUCCCACAUACAUAUACAUAUACUUUAUAUAUACAUAUAGAGAGAGAUAGAAAGAGAGGAAGUGUGUGUGUGAGAGAGAGAGAGAGAGGGUGGAGAUGGCAUUGAAUAGGGGUGGAUCGUGUAAUCCGGCCGUCGUGAAGGUCGGAAUUACGUUGUUGGGAGUGUGCUUGGUGGGUUAUCUACUAGGUCCACCGCUAUACUGGCAUUUUCUUGAAGGCUUAGCUGCCGUACGCCGCUCCUCCUCCGCCGCAUCUUGCCCUCCUUGCAACUGCGACUGCGAUUCUCAGCCCCUCCUUUCCAUUCCUCAAGGGCUUAGCAAUAAUUCCUUCACAGAUUGUGCAAAGCACGAUCCUGAAGUGAACGGAGACAUGGAAAAGAAUUUCGCGGAGCUUCUAUCGGAGGAAUUGAAGCUACGUGAAGCGGAAGCUUUAGAAAGUCACCAACGUGCUGACAUGGCGCUCCUCGAGGCCAAGAAGUUGACAUCCCAGUAUCAGAAAGAAGCCGACAAAUGCAAUUCAGGAAUGGAAACUUGUGAAGAGGCUCGUGAAAAGGCCGAAGCAGCUUUAGUUGCACAAAAACAACAAAGCGAAAUGUGGGAAUUACGAGCCCGACAAAGAGGCUGGAAGGACGGCGGUGGUAAGUCUGUGAACACCGUAUGACAUACGAUCACUCGAUAACCAUACGUUAGCUUCUGGCUCGAUCGGAAACGGUUGUUGUUUGGAUGAAGCUUUUUAUAUACUAGUUUUAAACAUCUAUAUUAGAAUGUUUAGGGCUUUCUUUGGUUAAUUUAUGUGAAAUGUUAUUUGCAUAUUUUGUUGAA